AUGACGUGGUACACAUGCAGCUUUUGCAUGGCUGAAAAAAUCUUAACCAUUGAUAUCAUAGAUAUUAACGAGUGCCGGUCAAGCAACACCAAUGGAUGCAGACAUCCUGCAAGCUGCCAGAAUACUCAAGGCAGUUACAGAUGUACCUGUAGGAGUGGUUAUUAUCUGGCUAGUGAUCAAAGAACUUGUAAAGAUAUUAAUGAAUGCAUUGCAUAUCGAAACGACUGUGGUUACAAAGCUGGUUGUCAGAAUACAAUUGGAACUUAUUUAUGUACAUGUCCACAUGGAUAUUAUCUUGAUGGUGACAGAAGAACAUGUCGAGACAUCAAUGAAUGUGAAGGCAGUGACUGCGAACAGAACUGUAUUAACUACCCUGGUGGAUAUAACUGCUCUUGUUAUACUGGGUAUCGAGUUAACAGGAAUGACUACAAACUCUGCAAUGAUAUUGACGAAUGUUCUGAGAAAUUGGCAGGAUGCGCUCAAAUAUGCACCAACACUAUUGGUGGUUUUCGUUGCAGUUGUACGGCAGGAUAUCUCCUUAAUUUGGAUAAAAAAUUCUGUGAUGAUAUUGAUGAAUGCAAGGGCAAUGAACAUGGUUGUCAACAUUCUUGUGAGAAUUCAUUGGGAUCGUACAAGUGCCGAUGCAGAGCUGGUUUUCAAUCGUCCAGCGAUGGAAAAAGCUGUACCGGUAAGCCCUGUCUACCUAUUUACACGCCAGUGAAUGGUAAGAAGACCUGCUCAGGUUAUACAACUGAUGACACUUGUUCAUUUUCGUGCUUUAUUGGCUAUAAAGAAAUUGGUUCACAUACACGGAGAUGUACUGCCUCAAAACUUUGGAGUGGAAAAGAGAUGAAAUGCAAAGCGAUCCACUGCCCCGUGCCUCCAGUACCAAAAAAUGGAUUCAUUUAUUCACCGUGCAACACUCGAUUCAACUCGGAAUGUGUAGCAGGCUGCAACGAAGGAUUUUAUACAAACGAAACCGUCAAAUUAAAAUGUUCCGUGAUUGGUACUUGGGAGCAUAAACCAGUAGUAUGUAACGAAAUUAAAGUUUGUGAGCCCAAUCCUUGCCGUCAUGGAGGAGUAUGUACUACUUCAACACCCCACCAGUUCUCUUGUGAUUGCUCCAAUACGGGAUACGAUGGCAUGAAAUGCGAAGUUGGUGUCGUAGAUAUACCUGAUUAUCCAACAUUAGUCGCAGGUGUACCAGUUGAGUCUGUCGAGUUUCAAGCUUCACCGCCGGAGGAUUACGUUAUCCUCACACCUCAAAGUGUCGGGGUCGUGUUCAAGCCUCAGUUUUUAAUUUUUCAGCGAAAUGCUACCACGAAACUGUUACUAACAGUGACAGCCCGACAUUCUGGUCUUCACUACGUUCGAUACUAUUUAUCAGGCCCGAGUGCUGCUGGGUACCAGACUCCGCAGCCAAGCGCGUUUUUUGUGGAAACUGUCGAGGAAACUGGUCCGAACAAUUUCACAGCAUAUGAUAACAUGGAAUUUCCAUCUGGAUGCCACAAAUUAGAGCUUGCCAAGUGUCCGCUUUCGAAUGUAACAAUUACCGCGUAUUCCACCUCAAACUGGCUUAUGUUUGGUCCUACAGCAACAACUGAGGGUAAAGUGAGUCUGGGCAAUGGAAACGACCUCAUACCUCAUUCAAUGGCAGGUUACAGUUUCAUUCCAACGAGUCCAUCAAGUCUGGCUAACGACUGCGUAGUUAAAACACCACAUUCUUCAAAAGAACUUAUUAAACACCGUAUUCUAACUAAGUCCUUCUUGAAAGUCUUUCGCCGCAGUCUUCCGAAGUGGCUUGAUGUCAGUUUGCGUGGAAAUUAUUCUUCAACGUCAUUGGUGGAGACCGAUCUCAAAGCCUUCUACCUGACUGGAAAAGGUCUUCGUGAAGAAGCAUUUAUCGGGGGACAACCGUUGUCUGAUGACACUUUGUUUUCAUUACUAUUGUCGCCGGACAUUGACCUCAUUGUUAACGGUGAUCGUGUUUCCUUUGGAUUGAAUAACCGCAAUGCUCCUUUUUCUUUGGCCAUAGAACUCUGUGGCACACCUCCAAACAAUGUCAUAUUGCAACCGUCGCCAGACAAUUUCGAUGUGAUCAACCAACUCUCAGUAAUGAAGCGAUUACGUGAUGUUGGUUGGAGUUUUAAGAUAUUCUCUCUGCAGGUUGAGAAAUCCACGUCAAAAAAUAGCUUGACUAUGGUUGCGAAGUUUAGUAAGAAUGUAGCCGUAUCAAGUUUCGUAAAUUCUCGUGUGGAUUUUCGAGGAACUGUAGUACUUUACGUUGACAACUUGAACAAGAUCAUGGAUCUCCCGUUAGAAGAAAAAUGGGUCGUUGAGCUGUAUGGUGACAUAAAACUGACCACGGAAUACAAAGUGCAAGGAAAGAUUACAAGAUUAUCAAUUAAUAUGCCGCAAGCCAGGAGCUAUGCAACCUUCGGAGGACGGAGUCAAGAUAAUUGUUCCCGGAAAAUAAAGAAAAAUCGUGACGGAAUACUUUUUUCACAGGCCAUAGAAGAAAAUCCUUUCGCUCAAACAGAACUAAGCAAUUUUGUUGAACUUGAUCACACUAAGGACGUGUCGUGUUUCCUUAGUACAAUCUUAUAUACGGAAAAGGAAAGUAACGGCUCGCGCUAUCGAGAAACAAGUGAUGGCAUAUUUAUUAAUUUUCAUGGAAAUCUUAAGUUCGCUGCCCUGCGGUUUGACAAUUUGGAUAUAAAGUUGUCGAUUAAAAAUCCACGAUGUUCCCCUGACAACGAAAAAAGUCACCGAUUGGCUACUGCAGCUGAAUUAAGUGGGAGUUAUUUGGAAAUGGAUGGCAAUCAAAGAGAACUUGGCAUAUUUGCAAUUCAACCUGACUCAGUCGUGAGAUUACAAAUCGCGCAAGAGAAAACUACGGCUUCUCGGGGAUCUUUUACGGCCAUGGUUAAUAUCCUUGGUUUUCAAAACCAUGUAAACGUUAAUAUCACUCAAGAUGGACUUAUAUUUUAUGCCAGUGGCAAGAUUCACGGGCUGUUUGAUGCGUCUGCCACAUUUCAGUCGGACUUGACGGACUGGAAAGAUCAACGGUAUACAGCAGCGGGAGAGUUUGAAACAACCGGAAGAAGUGAUGACAUCAACAGUCUUUUAGAAAAAGAGUUUAAAAGAUAUAGUACAGAUGUUUUGAGAAAACUACAAACCAGACUUGAUCUUUCUUUGAAAACUAGAGAACGAGCAAAAUCUCGUCUUAGAGAUGUUAAGAUCCUGCGGGAAAAGUCCGUAACGAAGAUGAAAAAAAUAUUAAGAGAGCAUGGAAGAGCAGAUGACAAUUUGGGGCUGGCCAAGAAACAUUUAGAUAACCUUCUACGAUUAGCCGAGGACUAUUCCAACGAAAUUCAAGAUUUAGACGAGCUGUGCAAGUUAAAACAGUGUCCCAAAAUAUGUCAGGAAGGAAGAAUGUGUGAAACCUGUUGGGAAUAUGUAACCGCAAAAAAGACGGGGAUGUGUCCUGCAACGUGUCAUCAGACAGAUCAGAAACGAAUACCUCCAUUAAGUCAGGUCUCAAUUUGCGUGAACGAGCAUUGCAAAAGGAUUCAUACAGUACAUAGUCUUGUUGGAGAUCUUUUAGGUCUUGGAAUUGGAAUUGGAGGAUUGUUUGCAGGAAUUCCCCCUUCAGUCUCUUUCGCUAUCGGAAGAAAAGUUCAACAAUUUGCAAUUAGUGUCAAAAAAGGGGAACCGGACUUUAUGAAAAUCUUAGAAGCAGGCACCAAAUUUUUACCUGUCUUUGGUGCAUCAGAACUUGUAACUGAUUUAGUUAAAGCGGGUACGAAAGUUCUGAAAGGCGAUCGAAAUAUAUUAUCAAUAUUGGGAGACUCCGCUUUACUGAAAAACUAUAUAUCAAAUUCCAUGCAGAAAAUAAAAUUUCUCAAAACAAGUGUAAUAUUUUCGGUUCAAAAGGAUAUAGUUUCUUUUAAAAACGGAGUAAGAGCACUUGUUGACAAUCAGAUGUCUGUUUUUCGCGAUGAUAUCAUAACACCUGUUUUAAAUGAAGUAGAGCAACUAAGGAAACGAACCAAAGCAAGAGGACGGCUACUACCGCGAAGAAAAAGGGGAAUACCGUUGCCUGGUCCAGUAAAAAACCUUUUGUCAUCUUUUGAAAACCAAGUAUUAUCACUUUUGCGACAAACCAUCUCACCUUUCAAAAAAAUCAUGCUUGGACUUGUCAACAAACAAGUAUUCUCAUUAAAAAAGGAUAUUUUAAAUUUAAAACGACAGUUACUGUCCUUAUCACACCUGAAAGGUGGUAUUGUACGACAGGAUAUUUUAAAUUUAAAAAAGCAUAUUUUAGAUUUAAAACGACAGUUACCGUCCUUACCACAACUGAAAGGUGGUAUCGAACGACAGGAUAUUUUAGAUCUAAAAAAGCAAAUUUUAAAUUUAAAACGACAGUUACCGUCCUUGUCACACCUGAAAGGUGAUUUCGAACGACACGAUAUUUUAGGUUUUAAAAAGGAUAUUUUAAAUUUAAAACGACAGUUACCGUCCUUAUCACACCUGAAAAGUUGCAUCGAGCGACGGGAUCUUUUAGAUUUAAAGCGACAGUUACCGUCCCUCUCACAUCUGAAAGGUGGCAUCGAACAACAGGAUAUUGUUGAUUUAAAAAAGGAUAUUUUAGAUUUAAAACGACAGUUAACGUCCUUAUCACACCUGAAAGGUUGUAUUGAACGACAGGAUAUUUUAGAUUUAAAAAAGGAUAUUUUAGAUUUAAAACGACAGCUACCGUCCUUAUCACACCUGAAAGAUGGUAUUGAACGACAGGAUAUUUUAGAGUUAAAAAGGGAUAUUUUAGAUUUAAAACGACAGUUACCGUCCUUCUCACAACUGAGAAGUGGUAUCAACCGACCGGAUAUUUUACAAUUUAAAAAGGAUAUUUUAGGUUUAAAACGACUGUUACCGUCCUUAUCACACGUUAGAGGUGAUAUCGAACGACGGAUAUCGUCCUUUAGAGCUCUCGAACGUCGGGUCCUAGGUCUGAGACAGGAGGCAUACGAUAUUGUUAACGAUCGUAUAUCCUCAUUUGAAAAUAACAUACGUUCACAAUUGGAAACGCAGCUAUCGUCCUUGAAAGAAGAUGCGAUUUCAUCAUUUAAGGAUAUGCUCAAGGGCUUACCAGCAGGAUUUGGUAAAGUAGCAAAUGUUGCGGGAAAAGUGAUCGGCGCCGUUACAGGUGCCAUGUCAUUAAUAGGCAAAAGUCAGGGUCACUGGAAAUGUGGAUUCAGAAAAGAAAAGUGCACCAAGGAAAGGUUCGAGUACCAGUAUAUUGACCAUCCAUACACUUGCGAUUUGCCUUGCGAGGAACGUGACGUCAAGGAAACCAUACAAAAAUUAUGUUGCUCCACUGUUUCUUGUGCGUCGUUUGUUGUCAAUGUGAGUUGCCUGACUGAAAAGACUCUUUGUAAAACGGCAAGAAGAAAAGCUCUGGAACAGAUUUCAAAGUUCAAAGCAAAUGCCGCCAAAUUACUUGAAAAUUUAGACAAUGCAAGCCAAAAUGUAUCUUAUUGGAAAAUGAAGAGAGAAAUUAUGGACAACAAAGUCCGUUCAUCUUCACAGUCUUUAAAUGCAUACCAGGAUGCCGAGCGUAGCCUAGAGAAAGCCUUCAAUGUCACGGUGGAAAAUCAAAAACGAAAAUGGAAAAUUUUAGCUAAGCCUAUGUUUUUAGGACAUAUUUUGAACGGAGAAGGCAAACCGCGAUUUGAGAUUAAAGGUAUCAAGUUCAAAGUUAAAGUGUCCUCAAAGCACAAUGCUACAUUAAUUCCGAUAAAUAUCACAACAGCGUUAAAUGGCACUCAACACAAACAAGUCUCGACUGUGCUGGAUUUCACCAAUCUAAACCGUUCUUUACGAAGCAUUGCGAAAGAGAUUCUUGUUGAGUAUGUGGGAGAUGUAUCUCGUAUUUCGCGAUGGAAACGCUCAGCAGAAAGCAAAAAUGUAUCAACGGAUGACUCAAAAUUCUACACCUUACAAACUUUCCAUCGAUUAUGUUCGGAGUUUCGUAAACACAAGCAAACUUUGUACGAAGCCGCGAUGUCCCUUUAUAAUUUGUCUUCUGAGAAUCAAGAUCUUCUUAAAGAGGAGACACAAAGAAAAAAAUCUUUAACUUCAAACAAAAGCACAAUUUUUGAACAGUUCAGGAUCAAUAAAACUAAGGCGUUGGAUAUAGGCAUCGUUGUUAAUUACGAUGCCUAUUUAAAUUUGCUUGCAAAUGACCAAGAACUUUUGGAGGCAAAGCAUUUUGAAGUCCAAGCUCUCAAGAACGAGUUUGAUGUUGUCCAUUUAAGUUCGAAAUUGCUCUACAGAAACUGGCUAGCGACCAUGGAAAGUAUUUUUUUGAAAUUCUCUGACGAGUGCAGUGGUUUUGACGACUGUCUGAAGUAUACCAUUGAUAGCUUAUUGGAAAUUGUUUUCGAGGCAAACGUACUUAGGUCAGACAGUCUAACGGAAAAAAUAAAAUAUAUCGAGGAAAUGUUCGUCAAUUUAACAAGACAAUCGGACGUAUCAGUCAGUGAUGCGGUAACUACAUCAUGGAACAUUUUGCAAUCCUUGGAAAACAUAACUGGUGUAGAAAACGUGUGUGCACAAGCUCCAAAUAUCACAGAACAUCCUAGGCCAUUCAUUGAGCUGGGUAUUAAUAACACACUUCUUUUAACGUGCAAUGCAACUGGAGAUUCCCUCGUUUACCAAUGGAAGUUCAACGGUAAAAUUUUGAACAAUCAAUCAAAAAGUAUUUUACGAAUAAACGAUGUGAGUCCAUUGCAUUCUGGGAACUAUUCUUGUGAUGUUUCGAAUCACGUGGCGAUCGCAUCUUCAAUUCCUGCGGUAGUUGUUAUUGGUACUCCACCGUUAAUUGUUCGUCAUCCUCCUCGUCGUCUCAAUGCUAUUCUAUCCGAAUAUGCCACACUUUUUUGUGAAGUAAAAAAGGAUACGAGCAACAUCUCUUAUCAAUGGUGGUUCAAUUCAUUCGAUUCUGGUCCUUUCGUGCCACUGACAAAUGAAAUAUUUUCUCAUCUUAGUCUUGCUCCAGUAAAAUCUUAUCAGGAAGGAUGGUACUUUUGCAACGUUUCAAAUCGAUUUGGCAACUCUAUUUCAAGAAAGAGUUUUGUCAAGGUGUUAAAGUACAGUCUUCCGGUGCCAGUUGCCAAGCUAACGUUGACAGUUAUAUCUCAGUCUCAUGAAAAGAAACCAGUUUUUUAUAAAAAUGUACUGGCUAAAAUCCUAGCUUCUCGUUUAGUAACCGCAGAUAACGACACGCAAUCGUCGGAGAAACUAAUUAAGGAGCUCAAUCCAGCUAUUUGCAAACAAAUUCCGCAAGAUGUCACACAGAGGUUUGGCCGCACAGAGACAUGUGAUUGGACAUUCAGCGUAAUUGGGGAGAAUGUGACCUCGAGCAUAUUCAAUAGUCCACCAUCGCAACAGAUCAAUGAAAUGAUCAGGUCAACUUCCAGGCUUAAAGAGGUUAUUGGAGGGUUGGGAAACGACACCAAUGGCGACAAAAUUAAAUUCUCGUCAGAUAACUAUAAUUUUUCCGCACCAAAAAAUUCUUUAGGGAUUACAAAGAUAUCUUUUAUGUGUCCUCAAGGCCAGGUUUUCAUUGAAGAUGUCUAUAAAUGCGCCCAUUGUCCACCAGGAUCUUAUGGCACAAUGGAAAAUGGCAUUGCAAUAUGCAUUACCUGCCCGCGAGGGUUUUAUCAAUCAAUUCCUGGUCAAAUAUCUUGCAGCAAGUGCCCUGGAGGUUUUCAAACUGCCAACAAUGGUGCUUACGAUCAAAAACAGUGUGAAGACGAAAAUAAAUUCUUCCUCGUAUUUAUACUGGUGAAUAACUAUCAUGGUGAUGUACUUGUCACGGCAAACGUAUCGGGCAAGUUUGCAAAGUUUAAUUUAAAACCAACGAAUAGAGUUGUGAAAAGUAAGAAAUGGAAAACAGAAAGGUCGUUGAUUUUAAGUGCAGUCGAUGCUAGUACAAACCAAACGGUCGACAUCAAUGGGCAAUCAAUUAUUUGUCUGCAAUCUACAUCUAAGGAACGCGUAUCACUGAGAGUUCUGACUAUCCAAGCGAAAACAAGUCCUGUUGUGCCGUCGACAAAUGAACUUGAAAAUUUCAAUGACCCUCUCAACGUAAUGGAAGACGAAGGUAAAUUUCAUUUUCUAUUCCUGGUGGUAAAUAAUUAUCAUGGUACUGUACUUGUUACGACAAAUAUGUCCAGUGGGCUGGAAAAUUUUUAUCUCAACGCAACAAAUACAGUGGUAAUAAGUAGGAAAAGCAAGGAAGAAGUACCAAUGAUCGUAAGUGCGGUCGAUGCUAGAACAAGUCUAACUGUCGAGAUUAAUGGACGAUCAAUUGUUCGACUUCAACCAAUGACGAAACAUUCUUCAUUGAAUGUUCUCAUUAUUAAAGCCCAAGUGACUCCUGCUCUACCUUUGACAACCGAAGACGAAAAUUUUGAUGACCCUAUCAUUGUAAAUGAAGAAAUAGCACGAGAUGGUCAGGGUACCAAGACCAGCAGUGAAUGAAUAUACAGGCCAACAAAACUACAUUUAUCUCAACUGUAUGGCUUUUUUCUAUGUGUUUAAUCAAGAGAGAUCAUUCUAUAUAUCCAAAUAAUGAUUCGUUAAUUUCGUUUGUUUUUCUAGUUAAAUAUGAUAAACAUGUGAAUGAUUGGGGUGUUUGUGCGGGACAAUCUCUUUUAUGUGUCUAAGUAGCUAUAUUUUAUGGUGCAUGGUGAUUUAAAAAUUUGCAUAAAAUUUGCAUUU